CGUCUCCCGCCCAACCCCCACCCUCCUCCUCCCAGCAACCGGCCAAGCUGCUACGGCUGAAGCGAAGACCCGAGCGGGACUGACUGACUGCGGACUUCAGGACCAGGUUUUCAGGACGCUGUUCUUUCCUGGUUCUCCCACCUAUCUGACAGCUGCUUCUUUGUCUUUUUUUUUUUUUUUGGCUGGAUCUUCAUCCAGGUCUAUUUGGUUUUUUUUUAAUAUUCUUGAAAUUGAAGUAGGCCUGCCUACACACUAGGAUUCCAUGUCUUUUCUUGUAAGUAAACCAGAGCGAAUUAGGCGGUGGGUCUCGGAAAAGUUCAUUGUUGAGGGCUUAAGAGAUUUGGAACUAUUUGGAGAGCAGCCUCCGGGUGACUCUCGGAGAAAAACCAAUGAAUCGAGCUCGGAGUCGAUAGCAUCUUCCCCUAAACAGGACACCAUGAGCAGUUUUCUGCCUGAGGGCAGGUGUUAUGAACUGCUCACAAUCAUAGGCAAAGGGUUUGAGGAGUUGAUGACAGUGAACUUAGCCAGGUACAAACCAACAGGAGAGCAUGUCACAAUACGGAGGAUUAACCUAGAGGCCUGUACCAAUGAGAUGGUGACAUUCCUACAGGGAGAACUUCAUGUCUCUAAGCUCUUCAACCACCCCAACAUCGUGCCAUAUCGAGCCACCUUCAUUGCUGACAAUGAGCUGUGGGUUGUCACUUCCUUCAUGGCAUAUGGUUCUGCAAAGGAUCUCAUCUGUACACAGUUCAUGGAUGGCAUGAAUGAGCUGGCAAUUGCAUACAUCUUGCAAGGGGUGCUGAAGGCACUAGACUACAUCCAUCAUAUGGGCUAUGUACACAGGAGUGUUAAAGCCAGCCACAUCCUGAUCUCAGCCGAUGGGAAGGUCUACCUCUCAGGCCUUCGCAGCAGCCUCAGCAUGAUCAGCCAUGGUCAGCGGCAGCGUGUUGUCCAUGACUUCCCCAAGUACAGCAUCAAGGUCCUGCCUUGGCUCAGUCCUGAGGUUCUCCAGCAGAAUCUUCAGGGUUAUGAUGCCAAAUCUGACAUCUACAGUGUGGGAAUUACAGCCUGUGAGCUGGCCAAUGGCCACGUCCCCUUUAAGGACAUGCCUGCUACCCAGAUGCUUCUGGAAAAGCUAAAUGGAACCGUACCCUGCCUGCUGGACACCACCACCAUCCCUGCUGAGGAGCUGACCAUGAAUACCUCACGUUCAGGUGCCAACUCUGGCCUGAAUGAGAGUCUUGCCGCCAGCACAACACGGAACUCCAAUGGGGACUCCCCGCCACACCCUUACCAUCGCACUUUCUCACCACACUUCCACCACUUUGUGGAGCAGUGUCUACAACGAAGUCCUGACCUCAGGCCAAGUGCCAGCACCCUACUGAACCAUUCUUUUUUCAAGCAGAUCAAGCGACGUGCCUCAGAGGCCCUGCCUGAAUUGCUCCGCCCUGUCACCCCCAUCACCAACUUUGAAGGCAGCCAACCCCAGGACCCCAGUGGCAUCUUUGGCCUAGUAUCAAGCCUGGAUGAACUGGAGAUGGACGACUGGGAAUUCUGAUCUCUUGGAGGGGGCUGUGUUUGUUCCCCAGAUCCCUGAAGACUUGAUGGGGUGUGGGGCCAUUGCUAAGGGGUAGGGCUUUCAUGCCCUCCUGAAUACAGAUUGUGUGGAAUGGAAGGACAGUUCUGAUGAGAGAGCUGACUGCUUUCUGGUUGGGGGAGGUGGUUAUGACUGGCCAUGAGUUAUGGCCCUUUCUUGCUCCAGGGCCAGAGGGUACAAGUGGAUGCCAGUAUCUAGGGGUCAAAAGCAGCCAAGCAUCUGACUGUCUCUGAGGCUCAGUUCACCUCCGCCUGAAUCUAAGAGGGAAUGGGAAGGGGACGGAGGGGAAAGCUGUUUGGAGCCUUGAAGGCUCUCUCCUUUUCCAACACCUUCCCCUACCUUCCUUUCCCCUGGACAGGGUGGCAUCUUCCAUGGAGAGAGAAACAUUGCAGAACCCAGUCUGUGUCUCUCUCUCUCUCUCUCUCUCCCUCUCUCUCUCUCUCUCUCUCCCUCUCUCUCUCUCUCUCUCUCUCUCUCUCUCUCUCUCUCUCUCUCUCUCUCUCUCUCUCGCUCUUUCUCUUCCUCUCGCUCUCGCUCUCGCUCUCUCUCUCUCUCAAACCCUCUUUUAGAACCAAAGAGAGGGUUUGUUUGUUUUUUAAUCUUAUUUUAUAACCCCUCCCCUUUCUGUCAUCCUGCCACAGCAGGGACAGCUAGGCCUGACACAAACCCCUCCUAAGGCUCAGGGUCCUGGCACUUCAACCUUAGAGCCUGUGUUGUCUUCCUACAGGUCAUUUGGGUUCCUAACCUUUCCCUGCCAAUAGUAAGGCUUCUCAGAGCCACUGGCCGCCGGCCUUGGUGCUUUCCCCAAAAGGCCAUGCAUGGUUUCUGGGUUUAACCUAGGGAUCAACCUCUCCAGCUAUUUGUUAGUUUUGUUGCCAACAUAAAUUAAAAUUUUCAAUGAGUCCGUGA